UUAGAGCAUCAAUGUACAGAACUUCUCGGUGGCAAAGAAGAAACCAAAGUAGAGAACACCAAGCUGAAGCUAACUAACCAGGAGCUGCUGAGAGACCUGGAGAGAACAUCUCAUGAGCUAAGUCUGGCUCAACAACAGUUACAGGUGCUUCAGGAGGAGGCAUCAAGACUACAUGAGGAGAAGGAAAUGGAAGUGUACCAUGUGACAGAAACUUUACAGAGAGAGAAGUCAGGACUUCUGAAGCAGCUGGAUUUUUUAAGGGAGAGGAACAAACAUCUCAAAGAUGAACGUGACAUAUUUUUACAGAAAUGCAAAACAAGUGUUUCAAAAGCCAGCUGGAAGCAAAGAUCAGGGUCUGUCAUUGAGAAAUACAUAGAGGGCAAGAUGCUGCCUAACAGACAUUCAUUUGAAGAGGAUGGUGUUUACAAUAACUCAAAGAGAAGGAAUUCUGCUGGACUGAAUGGAAUUCUCUCUGUAGAGCCUGAUGCUGGAGCCACUGGAGGAAUGUCUAAAGCAUCACGUCUCCAAAGAAUAAUAUCAAUUGAGGAAGAUCACCUACCCCAGCUUCUUGACAGGCUGGUUGAUAAGCAGCUGAACAGAUGGACCGGAGAAGAUGAGAAUAUUUCUUCUGAGAUGGAAAUGGAAAAGAAAAACACAGAACAACCAAUGGAACACUCAUCAUCAUCUUCUAGAGAGCAGCCUGUAGAGAAGGAAACACCAUCAAAUGAGGAGAGAAUAAACUCUGUCCCAGACUGCUUAUUCAAGAUCGUUUUUGUGGGCAAUUCAAGUGUUGGAAAGACUUCAUUCUUAAGGCGAUUCUGUGAAGACCAUUUUUUCCCAAGCACAGCUGCUACUGUAGGUGUGGAUUACAAUGUGAAAACCAUCACAAUAGAUAAUACCCAGGUAGCCCUGCAGCUCUGGGACACUGCUGGCCAGGAACGGUACCGAAGUAUUACCAAGCAGUUUUUCAGAAAAGCUGAUGGUGUCGUUGUGAUGUAUGAUAUAACAGCAAAAGACACAUUCACAGCUGUCAAGCAGUGGCUGAUAAGCAUUGAGGAGACAACUGGGGAGAAUGUACCUGUGCUUUUGUUGGGUAAUAAAACUGAUAAUGAAAAGGAACGUGAGGUCCCUAUGAGAAUGGGAGAGCACCUUGCUAAGGAUUACAAUUUAAUUUUCUAUGAAUGCAGUGCAUAUUCUGGGUACAAUACCAAAAAGUCUGUUCUUCAUUUAGCUAGGAUUUUAAAGGAACAUGAUGAUAAAGUGAAAGAGAAAACCAUUGAACUUCAACCUGAUAUGAAUAAAAAGUCUUGCUGUAUCAGGCCAUAA